AUGGACGCUGUCAAGGUGACUCAAGAGCUUGGCUAUCGCUACCUCUGGAUAGACGAACUGUGUAUCGAUCAAAAUAAUGCAGCUCAUGAGAACUCUCAACUGGGAAAGAUGGACCAAAUAUACAGAGGCGCUGAAUUCACCAUCGUGGCGGCAGCUGGUCGCGACAAAACGUACGGCCUACCAGGCGUCAGCACGACCAAGCGCGUUCAAUCUCCCGUUCUGCGCUUCGAUCAAGGCCUCAUUUUCAGUAUUGGUCCGGAACCAAAUGAGUUAGUGGCGGAAGCAACCGUCUGGUCAACACGUGGCUGGACAUUUCAGGAGGGUUUUUUGUCCAAGCGCCUGCUUGUCUUCACAGACUGGCAGGUGACCUUCUAUUGCCAGAAGGCGUCUUGGAUGGAAGCACUUGGCGGCCCACGAUUCAUGCGACGGCAAGACAUUGAUUGGGACCAGUGGCCAAAUCAAGCUUCAUUGUGGAACCGCGACCAGGACUGGCACAGCAAUUCAGGCGUCCUCAGUGCUUUUGCGAGGAUGUUGAACGCUGCUGGACAAGAUAUCGAAUACAGAUCAAGCGCUAGAAACCUGCAAGAAGCUCUAGAUUCAGUCACCGUGCUGGUCUUGGAAGCUCUUGCGAUCCCACCUGAUUUGUUCCGCUCCAAGGGCUUGCUAGAAGAAGGAGCUGGGCAAUCUUUGGAAGAUAUUAUCAUUGCUGGUGUAGAACUAAGCAAGUCGCUGAUUGCUCCGGACACCUUAGUCAGCAGCAUCCUGGCCAAUGUACAUGCCGGAGUCUGGUCGUGUUUUGUCCUUGCAUCGCAAGGGAGCUUGCACAGAUUCGUCUUGGUUGUAGAAUGGGAGAAUGAUGACACGGCAACACGUGUUGGUGGAUUUGUUUUCUUUCAGGAUGUGACCCAUAUGAGUGGAGACGAAGCGCAGGAAGCCGUUAGAGCCUUUGACUCAUUGUUGGAAUUUCGAACAGUACAAUUGGCGCUCCAGAGCAAUCUGGAUGUCGAUUAUGUGAUUAGCUAUCGCUUUGCGAAGACGGACAAGGCAAAGGCUAUUGCGCAGUUCGAGAAGCUGUGUGAGGCUCUCGCCAACGUUGGCUUGCAGACGGAGGUCCGCAAUGGCGACUCGCACUCUGUACUCUUGUUUGUGAGGGUCGCAUCUGACGAGCACUUGCACGGAGAAGUGUACAGAUCAAGGGUACGCGACUGGAUCCAUGGUGUUCGCGCUGCGGCACCCCCUAAAGAGACACGUGAAGCACUCGAAUCCGAGCCCCUCUACGAAGCCGAACGUCUACGUAUCAUCUACCAAUUGAUUACAAACCCUACCGAUGAGGGCGGUGCUGGCAUCACGCCCAAGGAGGGUGAAUGGGAGGGCGUAGAGUCGGUAUUUGCUCUGCACGACCACGCGUACAACAAGGAUUGGAUCAAGAAGUGGACGUCUUCGUACUUCCUUAAGACGGAGGAUUUGGAUGAUAUUCGCAAUCGUCUGGGUGAGAAGAUUGCCUUCUACUUCGCCUUCACGCAAUCAUACUUUACUUUCCUCAUGUUCCCUGCUGCGUUCGGCUUCAUAUCUUGGCUCAUCUUCGGCUACUUCUCACCAAUCUAUGGUGUUGUCAGUGCAGUCUGGUGUACCGUCUUCACAGAGUACUGGAGGCAUCAAGAGACGGACCUGGCUGUUCGCUGGGGUGUACGAGGUGUUUCUAAGAUCGAUGUUCGCCAUAGGGAGUUUGCGCCCGAGAAGACUGUCACCGACCCUGUCACUGGCGAGAAAGUCGGCUUCUUCCCGUCGAGCAAGCGAUUCCAGCGACAGCUGCUGCAGGUACCUUUCGCUCUCACAGUGGUGGUGUGCCUGGGUACCGUCAUUGCGACCUGCUUCGGUAUUGAAGUCUUCAUCUCCGAAGUCUACAAUGGUCCCCUCAAGAGCGUCCUGGUUUUCAUCCCCACUGGAAUCCUCACGACCGUCAACCCUAUCCUCACCACCAUUCUUACGAACUUUGCCACGCGCCUUACACAGUUCGAAAACUACGAAACUCAGGGCGCUUAUGAUACUGCACUAACCCGUAAGAUCUUCGUCAUGAACUUCAUCCUAUCCUACCUUGGCAUCUUCCUGACAGCUUUCGUCUACGUUCCAUUCGGCUCCCUCAUCGUACCGUACCUCGAUGUCUUUAACGUGGCUGUCAGGCCGUUUGCUGAAAGCGAGAAGCAGCUCCACCACACCGAGACUAGCUGGAGCAUCAACCCGGACCGUCUUCGCAAGCAGGUCAUUUACUUCACGGUCACAGCUCAGCUCGUCAACCUUGGCAUGGAGCUCAUCGUCCCCUACCUCAAGCGUCGGGGUUUCGCCAAGUACAAGCAGAUGCAGUCUGACAGGGCCGCAAAGAAUGGCGGCGGUGCUGCUUCCGUGUCCGCGAGCGACCCACCUGAGGACGCUGCAUUCCUCGAACGUGUACGUAAAGAGGCCGAACUCGAUGUCUACGAUGUCACUGCCGAUCUACGCGAGAUGGUUCUCCAGUUCGGCUACCUUUCUCUCUUCUCCGUUGUCUGGCCGCUUACUGCAGUAUCAUUCCUCAUCAACGACUGGAUCGAGCUUCGCGCCGAUGCUAUGAAAAUCUGUGUCGAGAUGCAGCGACCUACCCCAUGGCGCGCCGACACCAUCGGCCCUUGGCUUGAUUCGCUCUCCUUCCUUACCUGGCUCGGAGCCCUCACUACGUCUUCUCUUGUCUACAUGUUCCAUAACUCCAACAAGGGUCCUGAUGGCAACCCCUCCAACAUCCAGCUUUGGGGCCUGCUUCUUACCGUUUUCUUUGCUGAGCACCUUUUCAUCAUCCUCCGCUUGACAGUCCGCCACGUCAUUUCUAAAAUCGACUCCACCUUGGUCUGCAAAAGGAGCGCCCGUGAGCGAUUCAGCGUGCGCAAGCAGUACUUCGAGGAGAACUUGAGCUCGUUGAGGAAGCUGCCCACACUCAGCGGAUCAGGCGGCGACAUCACGAGGAAGAGUCUCGAGGAGGAUGCAAGAGAUAGCAGCCUCAGGGCCUCCACACCCGAGUCGAGGUUCUGGGGACGUCAGCGCAGCUGGCAGGAGUCUGCUGCUGUUGCUAAGAGUUUGAUUGAGAAGGCACAGAAUGAGACGAGCCCCUGA